AGUCUCGUCGGUGUAGCGAGUAACAGCGACCCCUCGAUUCCGAACACAACCAAAGCUCAAAAUCGAACAACAGAACUAAACUGCCAAUACUGCCUUGGGCUUCAAAUUUCGCGGCCCGGCUUUUUACUGCGCAUGCCCUCUACAGAAUAUUGCGCACAUGGUAAAGACCGAACACGCCGGGUAACGAAUCAACGAAAAUUCAGUCAGUAUCAAGCAGGCAAGCGGUUAAUAUCUGCUUGACUCGUAGAACAUUAAUACAAUAUUAGAAAGUAGAUAUUAUAUAUUUUUGUACAAGUGAACACGUUUUUAAUAAUAAAUAGCGUCGUUUUUAUGAUUAAUAAUCUAUAAUCGAAGGUCUAGUGCUUAAAUCAGCGACAAUCAAAUUGGUUGUUACGAAAAAACUGUGUUUUCUCUUGGUGUGAAAAUGCCGGCGUCUAAUCUUUUCGCUGAAAUGGAUCGCGGCAGUGGAAUUGGGGACGAAAGGGCCCUACAAUUGGCUCUCGAAUUAUCAAUGCUCGGUUUUAAUGAACCUUUAACUUCGGUUUCUGAACCAGAUAGUCCUGGAGAUCUUAAUUCUUUCGUUAACCCUCUCGCGAACGUUGGUUUAGAAGAAGUUCGAUCCAAGAAGUCACAAAAUAUGACAGAAUGUGUUCCCGUACCCAGCUCGGAGCAUGUGGCUGAAAUCGUAGGCAGACAAGGUUGCAAAAUCAAAGCCCUCCGCGCCAAGACCAACACCUACAUCAAAACGCCCGUCAGAGGCGAAGAACCCGUCUUCGUGGUAACCGGUCGCAAAGAAGACGUCGCCAAAGCCAAAAGAGAAAUCCUCUCGGCGGCGGAGCAUUUCUCCCAAAUCAGAGCUUCCCGCAAAAACAAUUUGGCGGGAUUAGGAUCCGGCGCCAGCACGCCGCCCGGUCCUCCGGCGAAUAUUCCCGGUCACGUCACAAUCCAAGUGCGGGUGCCGUACCGCGUCGUCGGCCUGGUAGUCGGCCCCAAAGGCGCCACCAUCAAAAGGAUCCAACAUCAGACCCACACCUACAUCGUAACGCCGAGUCGCGACAAAGAACCCGUCUUCGAGGUGACCGGCCUACCGGAGAGCGUCGAAUCCGCCCGCCGAGAAAUCGAGGCCCACAUCGCGAUGCGCACCGGAAACGGCGCCUCCAUCAACGGCUUACUAGACGAAAGCGAACUAUUCGCCUCGUUGUACAAAUCCGGAUUGAACUCGAUACUCAACUACAUGGAACAACCGACGGACACGUUCCCGACGAUGACCUCUUCGACGGGCAGCAGCGGCGCCUUCUCCAGCUCGGGCUCCUGCUCCAGCAGCUCGUCGAGCAGCGGCGGCGGCAGAGAUCUGGGAGCCAUAUGGAGCUCGAACGAUAGAGACGAAGGUUUGGGCGAUUCCCCCAGCUUCGAUACGUCCGCCGCCCUAUCGAGCAUUUGGUCGUAUCCGAGCGCCGCGGCUCCGUCGAGACCGUCGCCGGCGAACAGCACCAGCCCCGCCGACUCCCUACUCAGCUCCGCCACCAAAUGUUUAGUGUGCACCGAGGCGAAAGUUACGCACGCUCUGGUGCCGUGCGGCCACAAUUUCUUCUGCAUGGAAUGCGCCACCAGAGUGUGCGAAGCCGGCGACGCUCAAUGCCCCGUCUGUUCGCUACCCGCCAUACAAGCGAUCCGCAUCUACUCCCCGAAUCCUUAAGGCGACGACGCCCCCGAUCGAUCGCGCUCGAAUCGCAUUCCGUGGACGCGCGAUUCCGCGGACGCGCGAUUCCGCGGACGCGCGUCCCGCGUUCGACUUCACCUUCGGUUAACGCUCUUCGCAUACAACGAAUCGGAAAAUUUUUAACGUGGAGUUUUUUUUUUUCUCUAUUUUUUAUUCUUUUUUUCAAUUUUUCGUGUGCGGUUGGGGGUUCGACGAAGUUGAAGCGUGUAGUCAUCGUUUAAAGCCAGUGAAACAUCCUUUUUUUUUUAUUUUUUAAUUAAUUUUUUUUUUCGAUAGUAUUUAGAGUUAUAUUUUGAGUAUUUCGGAUAUUUUUUAUCGUUCUGAACACGUAGAAAUGGAAAAGGGAAAAAGACGCGCGACGCCGCGCUUCGCGCGUAAAGUGCGUCGCGUCGUUUUUUUUUUUUUUUUGGAAUAUAUUUUUUUAAGUUUCGCCGUGUGGGAAACGUCGCUCUCACGUUAUUGAAGUCUGAAAACAGCAAUUCUCAAAAUAUUGUUUAAGGGAUAAAAUUUUUAAAAUAAUAUAUGGAUAAAAUAGGAAUAAAGCGAAAAUAUAAUGAAAAAAAAAAAAA